CGUUCGGUAAUUCAUCGGCCCAUGAUUCUAUUGGUUUGGACUGGACCGAAGUUUUUAUUCGACUAAUCCUAUCUGGAUCGCAUACAAACAGAAAAUAUUCAGUGUUUAGCCCGUUCUUUGAAACUGGCACGGGACAGCUUUGUUCUUGACCCGAAUCGUCAAACACCAACCAUCCAAACAGAAAAUUCUCUAGGGAAGAUGACACCUUGACACACAUUCUCAGCACUACGCAGUUCACGCUCGCUUGUUUUCUGCCUCCAGCUCAUCAAACCAAGUCUUACCGAGUCGACUCACUAGGAAAUGCCGGUUGGCCGUGCGCCAACUCACAGUGCUCGGCGAAUUCAGGCUGUUUGGGCUUUGAGUCGGGGAAGGUCUGGACGGAAAACCGCCAGAUGAUUCGCACGAUAAAAUACCAUUCUACUUCCUCUUCGAUCCACACGGAGUGAGAGAGCGAGACGGAAAAGACGACAAAUAGUACCUCCGGAUCAUCGCUCAGCCACCUCUCUGAUCACGAUCUCUGAUAAAAGAGGUUUGGUAUUCGUCCUUGUGCACAACAAUUUGGUUCAAUGGUGGAGCAGGUUUACAAUGGUACUGCUAUUGUCCACGAUUCACUCAUUCUGUCUCUAGUUUAAAGGUACUUUCUGUGAACUAGGCAUCUUUGUAUACUCAAAAUCAUCUAGUUCCUUGGGGAAAAUUGGGUAUAUCCAAGUUUCUCCAUGGAGCGUAAUUUUUCUGAAUCCGGAUCUGUCUUCUAGUUUCUCUUAACUACCAAAAUACUUGCUUAAAAUGAUUCCAUUAUGACUUCCUGAUGCAAGAGCGGAGCUCAUGUUUGAUGCCUUAGUGGCAUCCGCUCUGCAGUCCUUUCCAAAUUGUUCUUGUUUCACCUCACAAAGGAGGGGAAAUGAACUUACAAUCUUCUCCAAUAUUUUGGUAAGUUAUUCUCAGCCCCACUCUUUGUAUUUUUAUAACUAGAAAACAGUUCAAAAGCCCACACAUAUAAGUUUGUCAAAGAGCAGAAAAUGUUUUUAUGGUUUUCAAAAAGCCAUCAACCACAUUUCAUCUGCCAGAGUAAUCUAAUUAAGAAGCGGUUAUUGGAACAAGCUCUAACAAUGUGUAGUUUGUAUGAUAUGAAGUAGAUGUUGCUAUGUUAAAGCUAAACUACAUUUUACAGUUUUAAAUUCUAAGUCAUGUUUCUUUUAUAUUUUGUGUAGAAUCACCUAAAAUGCUUAUCAAAAGUUGUGAUGUCACUCUGCAACUCCUGUAUCCUUAUAAUGCACAUUUACAAUGAGUUAUAAUGCAGAAAUCUGUCAGCUUGGAAAUUUAUCUGAAGAGGAAGAUUUGAUAGCUGUGAAUCGUUGUACCGAUGAAGAAAAUAGAGAAGAAAGAGCCUUAACUGGGUUUCAGAAGAAUCAAGGAGGGGAUAAGAUGAGUGCAUAUAGCAACUGAUUCCAAGUGUCAGGCAGACCAGGGAGGCACCAGUGAACACAAUCUGCAUAUCUGGCUGGGUCAGACCUCUGCUCCGGCAAGAGCAACUUGCCUUCAGAAACUCCAUAAAGAGAGACAUGAGCAUCUUUCCUGUAUUCUGAGAGGGUUGUUAUAUUGAGGAAGUGAAAAGGUACUUUCAUGGAUUUUGUCACAUUCUCUGCAAUUGCAAAAAGACGUUGAUCUAUGUCCCACUUCAGUGAGGUAGACAUGUUUACAAUUGGUGUUGUCUCCCCAGCACAGUUAAUUCCGGUCAGGUUGUUCCAGGCAGAGCUCCUGUCACAUUUGCACACAAAUUGUAAAUUUCAAAUAAUGCUUCUGAAUAGCUUGUAAGGAAGAAGACUGAAGUAAUACACGGAAUGUUGAGGAGCCAUGCUGCUGAAGAAAAUUGAAGUUUGAUUGGGAUUGAUAUUUUUCUCUGCCCACUUGGCCAAUGUUCUUAGAACUUUCUCAUAUACCACGCUGACUUCAGUUUCAUCAUACUCUGUGGCUCCUUCAUCAAAUGAUCCUCGUCUUCUCAACCGGUUUCAACAAGAAAAUAUAGAGUCAGCUCCAUG